ACACUCUCAUCAAAAGAAAACAAUAUUAGAAAGAUUAAUUUCUGAUAUAGCUAAGAGGGAUGGAAGCAAAAACUUGCGCAAUAUUCCAAAUCUCAUUUCACUGCGCCUUCCUUUUCCUCAUUUCGAAUUUGCAAACUGCAAUAGCCGCAGUUUCAACCGAUAAAACUUGUUCAAAUACCUACAAAAUCUACAUCCUGACAUCCUGCAAUUCAACAACAUACCCAGCUGACUGCUACAAGAGUCUCAAAUCCUACUACAAUACAAUCAAAACAGAUCCUUUAAAGCUCUGCAAAACUUCCUUGAAGGUAACCCUAAAAACCGCGCGUAACACUUCUGCCUUGGUGUCGAGCAUAGCAAAACAAGGAGGACUGAGUUCUGCAGAGAAAGCAAUUGUUAAAGAUUGCAUCGAUGAAAUUAGCGACAGCAUCGAUGAGCUAAAGGAUUCGUUGGAUGAAAUGGAGCAUUUAGGAACAGGGUCACGUCUUCAUUUACAAAUAGCUAACAUACAAACGUGGGUUAGCGCUGCGCUAACGGAUGAGAAUACGUGCACAGAUGAAAUUGAUGAAGGCAACAAGGUUAGCAAAUCUGUGAAGAACAAAAUCAGGAAGAGCGUUGUGAAUCUUGCUAAGCAAACAAGCAACUCUUUGGCUCUUAUCAACAAUAAUCUUAAGAGUUAGUAAUGAAUUUCAACCCUCUUAAUAGUUCUUGGUGUGUUUUUCUUCUUUUAAUUCUUUUUGCUACAAAGUUUAAAUAUAUGUUCUCUUCUGUUUAAUAUGUAUCUGGUUGUAACUAGAAAUAAUCGCAAAAAUCUUUUGUUAUAGUGUGUGCAUGAUUUCAGUACAUUUUUCUUUUUUGUUUCUCUAGCUCCCAGUAUAUGCAAUCACUUGGAGUAACUGAAUCAGCUAACUUCACUACUUCAGGUAGGAUGCUUUUAAUUACCCUUUACGGUGGGUCAUCUAUUUAAAUUAAUUUUGUCAUGUAUUAUAAUCAAGGGAUUCCCAGAAAAACCAACGGAAAGGCCAAACUUAUUAUAAAGAAGAUCACAUCUGUUCUUAUAUUAAGAAGGGGACAUUUUUAUUAUUAUUGCAGUUGGAAUAUAAAUAUUCCAAUAUUUCUAAGUUUUCAUGUGCUGCAAAGGCGAAUGUGGAAUUAAAUUUGGAAGAAACCAAUUAAUUCCAUUGCGUGAAAAGAGUGCAUAUCGAUUAGAACGGAUAAGAAUGUGAGGCAAUGGCAAGCAGCACGUGAAAUCG